AUGGCUGCUCGAAGAAAGACAAAUAAGCCCCAGGUUGAAGAACAGCUUUCUCUUAAAGCUGCUUUGAACCCCGACGAGACUGUUUUUGGUGUUUGUCAUAUUUAUGCAUCAUUCAACGACACUUUUGUCCACGUUACGGACUCUACCUGUUCUGAAACUAUAAUUCGUGUCACCGGUGGAAUGAAAGUCCGCGCUGAUCGUGACGAAUCCAGUCCCUACGCUGCUAUGCUUGCCGCUCAGGAUGUAGCUGAUCGUUGCAGAGCUUUGGGCAUUAGUGCACUGCAUGUUCGUAUACGUGCUACCGGUGGAACUAAGGCUCGAACCCCAAGUCCUGCUGCUCAGUCUGCUCUGAGGGCCUUGGCACGUUCUGGGAUGAAGAUCGGCAGAGUCGAAGAUGUUACACCAAUUCCAUCUGAUUCUUCCAGAAGGAAGGGUGGUCGUCGUGGUAGGAGAUUGUAA